UCGCCGCGGGAGGCGCCGUAAUCGCCGCCCAGAAGGAAGGAGGGCGGCUGUGCGAGGAGCUGCUAUGGUGCUUAGUUCCCCGGCAGAGCCGACCGAGACGCGGCGGUCGCGGCCAUGAAGAUCUGUCUUCCUGUGAGGUGGUGGCAUUGUGGUCAACUAGACGGCAAGCAACUAUUGGUCUGCUGUGCUGGUGACUGGCCUGUUAACAAGACCAAUAGGCGACAGAGCUAAAGUCAUGCUUUCAAAUUGGUGCGGGUGCCACGUCUAUGUGGGCUUCAUGCUGUGGGCUGCUGAAUGAAGUCAUGGGAACUGGAGCUGUCCGGGGCCAGCAGUCAGGAUUUGCAGGAGGCACCGGUCCAUUCAGAUUUGCACCAAAUGCUGAUUUUUCCACUUACCCACCAGCACCUACGGAAGGGCCUAAUAUAGUUUGCAAAGCCUGUGGACUUUCAUUUUCAGUCUUUAGAAAGAAGCAUGUGUGCUGUGACUGCAAGAAGGAUUUUUGCUCCGUCUGUUCAGUCUUACAAGACAAUCUCCGUAGAUGUUCCACUUGUCACUUACUACAAGAGACGGCCUUUCAGCGCCCACAGUUAAUGCGACUAAAAGUCAAGGAUCUCCGGCAGUAUCUCAUUCUUCGAAACAUCCCCAUUGACACCUGUCGAGAGAAGGAAGACUUGGUAGAUCUCGUUCUCUGCCACCGCGGGCUGGGCUCUGAGGACGACUUGGACACGAGCAGUCUGAAUUCCUCACAGUCCCAGACUUCUAGCUUUUUCACACAUUCAUUUUUUUCAAACUACACAGCCCCUUCUGCUACCGUGUCUUCGUUUCAGGGAGAACUUAUGGGUGGAGACCGGACCUUGGCAUCUGGAGCGCUGGCACAGGUACAAAGUGAAAUAGCUUCAGCAAACACAGAAGAAGAAGAAGAAGAAGAAGAAGAAGAAGAAGAAGAUGACGAAGAUGAUGAGGAUGAUGACGAUGAAGAAAACUUGGAGGAGCGGAUGCCCGGCCUCUCCAAGAAGCGAGUGAGAGCUUCGCUCUCUGACCUGUCGAGCCUUGACGAGGUGGAAGGGAUGAGCGUGCGGCAGCUGAAGGAGAUCCUGGCUCGGAAUUUUGUCAACUAUUCUGGCUGUUGUGAGAAAUGGGAGCUGGUAGAGAAAGUAAACCGAUUAUACAAAGAGAAUGAAGAAAACCAAAAGUCAUCAGAGGGAACUGAGGUGCAGAGAAGUUACAACCCUGGGCUCAUUCGACGGCCGCUGCGGUCACCCCAGAUGCCUGCUGAGCGCCCGUCGGGCAGCGCGGUGCCCGCAGCCCCAGCUGUCUGUUGCCUUUCAGAUGGUGAGCGGCUGCAGCUGCAGGAUGAGGAAGAUGACAGCCUGUGCCGUAUCUGCAUGGACGCCGUCAUCGACUGUGUCCUGCUCGAGUGUGGGCACAUGGUCACCUGCACCAAGUGCGGCAAGCGCAUGAGCGAGUGUCCCAUCUGCCGGCAGUACGUGGUGCGCGCCGUGCAUGUGUUCAAGUCCUGAAGCCCAGGUUCUUCCUGACAGGACGCUCGCCCCAAGCUUGAUCCCAGACAUUUCAAUGCACAGAAGGGACUGGAAACACACUGUUCAGAGGCUGAGACUAUUUUUAAAGAUUAUUUUCACUACUAGGGACAGAAAGAUUCGAUCCUAAGUUGUGGCAACAUUGGUCCAUGCCAUGCACCUAUCAGCCUGUGGACAAGCCGUUUCCCAGGUUUUGCUGGGUUUCAUCCCAUGUCCAUGAUCACUGAUUGCUGACGAAGUCAGACUGCUUACAGCGUCAGCUACUGCUCCCUUUGGAGAACACUUAUCCUGUUCUCUUAUUUCUCCUUCAUCCUAUUUUUAACUUAAACUACUCAGAUGCUUGAGACUUCUGUUCUUUGGAUGAGAUCACUGUCCACAAGUGGCCAACACGGUACACGCUGAGCAGUGGCCUCUCUAAUGUUCACUUUAUUAGUCAUGUAUAUUUUAAAUGCUACUAUUUGAUGAAUGUAAGUUUCCACAUUGUUGCUAUUUCUGCGUUUAAACGUAAUUGGGAACAAAGGACAUUCUAUAGUCAACUGCCAGGGCCUUAGACUCAACACAUCCAUUUCUGUUCAGGUACAGCUUUUUAGAGUAAGGGCUGCCUGUAGCUUCGUUCAUUAGAGAAGUGUGUGUGUUAAAAUCUUUAUUCACGUGUAAUCAGUUUACACUGUUUUGUAUAGUGAAAGUGUAUUUUCAGUGCUACUGCUAGCUAAUUUGAACUUUAGGAAUAAAAUUAGAUUUUAAAAAAUGCUUUUGCUUACAUUGUCCUAGCCAGUUUCUAAUUCACUUGGGUACAGCAUGAAUGGGUGUCUGUGCCUGGUGUAGUACCUUUCUUCACAUGGGGACAGGAGCACCUUCAAAGCCUUGCAGUGAUCUACCUUUGCUGCUGACUCCCCAGUAAGGUUAACUACAGAUUUGCUGUUGACUAUGACCAGGUAUUGUGCCGAGUGCUUUCUAGAGUUCUCUAGCAUUCUGAAAUAGAUGUUGCCUUGCUUUGCAAAUGGAGAAACUGAGAAGUUAAAGAACUUGUCUAAGAUCUUAAAAAGUGGCCAGGACGCCUGGCUGGCUCAGUUAGAAGAGCAUGGGACUCUAGAUCUUGGGGUCAUGAGUUCAAGCUCCAUGUUGGGAGUAGAGCUUACUUAAAAAGUGGGUGAAUUAUUUGGGAUGUGAAUGUCUCUUAAUAGAGCUGUUACCAAAAAAGUGAUAAUAAAAUAUUUGAUACUUGAAAAAAAAAAAAAAAAAAAGGAAGUGGCUAAUGUCAGAAUUUGAACUAGGUCUGAUCUUAAACUCUUCUACUACCCCCCAGCAAAUGAGAAACCUGACCCGAGCUUAUGCGGAAAGGUUCCUGGGACACGAAUGAUCUGAAAUUGCUUUUCUUUUAUGUCUAACUCUAACCAGGGUGGUGUUGAGACCAGCUGUGGACUCAUUCCCACUGGUAGUGGGCAGGUGUGUUUGUAAGAAAUGCCUGACUUCUCAGCUGAGUCCUGUUGGGUUUUAUUUUUUGAUUCUGCAGUGGGUAGCACACCUGCCUUUAAGUGCUCAGGAUCUACAAGUGGGGGCAGAUAGAGAAGAAAGUUGGCCUGGUUGUGAAGAAAAACAUACCUUCCCCCCUUUUCUGGAUUUUAGGGUCAAAGCAUACAAACCAAAGCCUCGUGGAUAUUUCAGACACCCUUCUCUCCUGUUGGCCUACAGAGCCCAGGGUUGGUGUUAACCAUAAUUCACAGUAAGCAGCCUGAGCAGAUCAUUACCACACCACAGAACCAGUGAAAGCCCAACCCCUGCUGAAGCUGUAGGAGCACUUACCCUGUACCUUUCAUCAGACCAUGAACUCCAGAAAUUCAACCUCGUCCACAAAUCCCGAAUUUGGUUGAAAGAAGUCUUCAAAUACAGGCUGGCAGGUGAUAGUAAACAGAAACUAAGCAGCGGGUGGUUUGUCUUAAAUUAGAAAACUGAGAUUUAUUUGCAUAUGAUCUCAGCUUCAAACAGCUUGUUUGAUGUUUCCUCUUGGAUUUAUAGAAGUUGUCUUGGGUACUUAUUUUUAGCAAGAGAAUAAAAAGUCUUAAUGGUGGAUUUUUUUUAAAGUAGUGUUUUGAGGGGCACCUGGGUGGCUCAGUUGGUUAAGUGUCCCAAUUUUGGCUCAGGUCAUGAUCUCAUGGUUCGUGAGUUUGAGCCUUGCAUGGGGCUCUGUGCUGACAGCCUGGAGCCUGUUUCGGAAUCUGUGUCUUCCUCCCUCUUCCCCCCCCCCCC